UACGAUAGUGUCUAUCCUACCCCAGCGUCUGCGCUGCUCAGAACCUCUGAUUUUAAAGCCCUUAGUUCCCCAUUUGUCCAUCGGCUUCCACAUCUCGGCAUCUCGAUGGCUUCCGGUGGGUCUGCGACGCGAUCGGCUUCGGCGAGAUCAUUUGAUUUUGGCUCUGACGACGUGCUGUGUUCUUACGACGACUACACGCCGCAGAUGGAUGCGGCGGUCAACGGGAAGCGGUCGGAGUCUCCUGCGAAGGACCUUCAUGAGAGUAGAGUGGGGAGGCCUUUGACUAAUCGUUUUGGCCAACCAGAGGAAUAUGCUAGAGAAGAUGUGAUAUCUGCUAUUGAGAAGUGCAUGAAAAUACAUACUGAUAACCUUACCAGGAAUCUAGAAGGAAUCAGUGGAAGACUAACUCAGUUGGAGUUAUAUUGCUUUAAGCUCGAACGAUCAAUCGGUGAAUUUCGUGCUGACAUGGUUCGUGAACAGAGUGAAGCAAAUUUGAAGCUUAAAUCUCUUGAGAAGCAUGUUCAUGAAGUCCAUAGAUCUAUUCAGAUAAUCAGAGACAAACAAGAACUUUCUGAGACCCAGAAGGAGCUGGCCAAACUCCAGCUUUCACAAAAAGAACCAACUAAUUCAAGUCACUCCCCAAAAAGCACUGACGGUAUCACUUCAGCUGCUACUGAAAUUAAAGCGCAUAAUGAUGACAAGGAUCCUUCAAACCUGCAAUUGGCUCUUGCUCUUCCACGCCAAACAACCCCUAUUCCUGAUCAAAACCAGCAAUACAAAGAGCUCCCAAUACAGCAACCUGCACCUGCAUCUCUUACUGCGCCUCCACAAGAUCGUUACAUUCUAAAUCAAGCAAACUCAUAUUAUACCUCCCUCCAACCUCUGCCACUGGAACAGCAGAGCCAGAACCUGCAAUAUGCUCAACAGAGAACCCAAAUGCAAGAUCUUUCGAACCAAACACCGGCGAAUCCGCAAGCGAAUGUGGCACCAAACCUGCUCCCCCAACAGCAUCCUUUUCCUCAGUACCACCCGCAAUGGCCUCAGCCAUUGCAACCUCAAGAACCUUCUUCACAAUCUCAAGCUCCCAGACCCCAAAAUCCAUCCAACUACGCACGUUAUUCUUCCAAUCAACCUGCCAACACAGUUCAAGCUGAAGCAUACCAAGGCAGCAGCAUUGCACCCCCAUCCCCAUACAUCGCAAUUCCUCAUCUUCCUUCUCAUCUCAACAUGCAGAGACAGCCCCUUCCUCAGGCUAGCCAAGUUUCAUUUGGACCACCACAGCUAGUUAAGACUGGCUAUAUUGGAACAAACACCUACCCUUCACAACAAUCAAACAUGCCUGGCUAUAAUGCUUUUUAUGUCAUUGAUGGAAGCAGAGCUCCUCAUCCUCGCCAUCUACCAAAUAACAAUGUAGCUGCUCCGCAAAUGCUGAAUAAUCACCACCCCUAUGGAGAAAUGAUUGAGAAAGCUAUUAACAUGGGUUACCCGAGGGAUCAGGUGGUUGGUGUGGUUCAGGGCAUGGGAGAAAGUGGUCAGCCCCUUGAUCUCAACACCUUGCUUGAUAGGCUGAAUGCAAUUGCUAGCGGAGGGAUGCGGCGACCUUGGUCGGGCUAGAGUCGCGAUCCUUCUUAAGAUUCGUUUGGGAUGCUUUUUUUACUGCUUUCUAAAGCACUUCCUAAUACAAAAAUUUUUUAGUUCAAGAAAUUUUCGUACUAAAAAGUUGCUUUAGAUAGCAAUAAAAUAGUUGUGCCGAACGAAGCUUAAGAGUUGACUUGUACCCUCUACAACAAUUACAUAUUUCUAAUCGUCUUCUUUGAUGAUCUAUGUGCCAGGUAUUCUGUAAAUACCAAUAAUGGUUGUGAAAAAUUCUCUAGUCCUGUGAAUCUUUGUAUCUGUAUGAUGUAUGUUUGAAAAUUCCGCCACAAGUUUUACAGUGAGCGGUAAGCUUCAGUAGUUUUUCGGGAAGAUGCUGUUAAAUAAGUUUUCCUGUUGUUUUUUC